AUGUACGCCUCAAAGCGACGGCAACGGAAUUUCAAGAGAGUUCGAGAGCCACAACGCCAGCAAGGUGCCUCAAAUCCGUCUAAAAGGCAUAGAGAGCGUCUAAACGGUGAACUGGAGACAGUAGCUUGUCUGCUUCCCUACGAUCCGUCAACGAUCUCCCGCCUUGAUAAACUCUCCGUUUUGCGACUAGCUGUUGCAUAUCUUCAAGUCAAAGCACACUUUAGUGCCUGCGUCCAUUCGACUUGCGGCUUCCAAGCGUCGACUUCUGUACCCCUUCUCUUCACACAUGCCUAUCAGUUUUUGCCCUCACCAAACCCAUUCUCGGCACACAUUCCAACCCUGGUUGAUUCUGGCACCGGCAUCCCGCUCAUUGACAGUGAGGAGCGCUUUUUCGAGGCAAUCUCGAUGAAGGCUCUUGGCGGUUUCGUGCUUGUGCUGAAUGGUGAGGGUGACGUCUUCUACGUAUCGGAGAAUGUCGAGAAUUUUCUCGGUUUCCAUCAAUCCGAUCUUUUGCAUCAAUCGCUUUUCGAGCUCAUCCAUUCGGAAGACCGUGACGACAUUCGGCAGCAGCUUGAUCCAGCCUUCGGUGUCCCAGCAGGAUGCUCUUCUGUGCAAGAUCUCUUAGCAUCAGACAAUCUGCACUACUUGGAGCGCAAUGUGAACGCGCGUUUUCGUUGUCUACUCGAUAACACUUGUGGCUUCUUGAGGAUGGAUGUUCGGGGGAAACUUUUAUCCCUUCACGGCAUUCCCCAAUCGUUUCCGGUGGCCGGCCGCACUCCGCCCAUAGCCACCAUUGGACUUGUCGCCAUUUGCACACCCUUCGUCCCGCCAAGUAAUGCUGAUUUACCGUCAGAAGAUCUCAUUCUCAAAUCGAAACACCAAUUAGACAACACUCUCGUUAGCAUGGACCCAAAAAUGCAUCACAUUUUGGAGCUCUGCGACGCCGAUUUACCCGUCUCUUUCUAUGAACUCAUUCAUCCCGACGACGCGACUUGUAUGGCUGAAGCGCAUAAAGAGGUGUCCAAGAGUGGCUCAUCGGGACUGUUGAUCUAUCGGCUGAUCUCGGCGAAGUCGAGGAGGAUUUACUUUGUGCAAUCGUCGUGUCGAAUGUUCUACAAAAACGGGAAAGCCGAUUCGAUUGGGUUGACGCAUCGAGUGUUGAACGAAGUGGAGGGGUCGAUGCUGCUUGAAAAGCGCUCGUCACUGAAAGCGAAACUGCUCUCAUUUGAUGAUUCACUCCUGCAAUCACCCAGGAAUUUGCAGUCAGCCGCCGCUUUACCCUCAAUCGGCACGAUGUCGACGAACCGAGACUCAAUCGACGAUGAGGAAACCAACCAAUCCGAUCCACAAACGAUCCCGACUUGUCCCUCAAAAAGCCCAACAAUCGCUCCAUCUGUUAUUCAAACAGGACGCAAACGGAAAGCAAAAGCGACAGCAAUUACUGCUCUAUCGAAUGGAGAAAUUUUGGGUUGUGUGGAUGGAGAUCGAAGCGAGGGACGAGGGAUUUCUGGAAAUGAGACGAAUAUCUGGGCGUCUCCACUUCAAUCCACUUUACAUUUAACGGCUCCACAAUGCGAUGACAGACUGAAUGGACUUCAAUUAACCCCUCAAUGUACUCAAUUACCGUCAGAGUUGCUCGCUUGGCAACCAGCAACCACUAACGAGUGGAAUCCUGUUGAUUUAUGCAAUUCAGGAAUCUAUCCAACAAAUUUUUCAAUGACCUAUCCACCGAUUUUCCCGUCAUUCCCUGAAGUUUUGCCUGGAUUCGACUAUCAUUGGCCAGCUGCAAACGACAACCUCUCAAUUCAAUCGUCAAUGUGUCACUUGGAUGAGUCAACCGUCAAACACUCAGUGAUACACUACCCUAUUGGGGAGAAGAAGCUUCCUCUAAACCAACCCAAUCACUUGCUUGAGCCACAUUCAGUCAUUGUGACACCGCGAACCGAUCAUCAAACAUUUCCAUCAAAUAAUCGAUUAUGUGGAGAGUUACAAUUUGGACAAUCUACAGACAGUCUUCCCUCAAUGCAUCACUCAAUGCAUCCUUUACCAUCCACAAAUCCCAAUCAUUUUGCGUCUUUCAUCUCCGAAGCAACCAACACUCUUCUUGGACCGUUACCGAUU